AUGGUCAGCCCAUUCGACGUGGCUGUCACUCCCAGCGGAUUGGUUCUGGUGUCCGACUACCAACUGCAAGAAGUGAGACUCUUUUCGCUGGAUGGGACAGCACAGGGCACACUCAGUCAGGAUCGUUUCAGCCACCCAAGGGGAAUCGGGUUUGGAAUGGGCAUGGUCGGCGUGUUGGAUAGUAAACGUCGACACAUUGCCCUGUUUGAUCCUCGAAGUAAUCAAAAAACCGCACUGAGGAGGAUUAGCAUGAUGCCUUCCGGUAUCCAAGACGCACCCAGAGGAACUGUUUCCGAGCCAUAUUAUAUUGAUUUUGUCGAAGUCGGAAGUGGAUAUCUGGCGGUAACGGAUUAUGCAGCUCCAAGUGUGAAAAUGUAUUCUUUGAACUCCGGAGUUUGUGUUGGAUCAACUGAAAACGAGUCUAAACAUAACAUUCUAUUCUAUUCUAUCGCGCCACACUUUGUCGAAAUUGCUCCGACCAAAUUUCCAACAAAAGAUUCAUUCCCAGGGGCAAAAAUACAGAUCAACUCUGAUCCAGCCAAUGAGGGGACCAGGGCCAGACGUGUGUGUCACGCUACUGUGACCAGAUUCACAUCGCAGGAUAUUUCGACCAUCUGUUAUGUACACUUAAACAAAAAAGAGGCUCGCCAGCUAAGGACACCGAAAGAUCGAGGGGGUGGGCGUGAAGAUGGCCGAUCUCAACGAUACACAACAGCGGGGUCACAGCAUCAUUGA